UUCUGUAUAUGGUGGAACUUUGACGGAUCUUAUUUUUAACAAAUAAGGUGCAUUCUUUUACGUGAUAAUUUUCAUGAUUACAUGUUAUUUCAAAACAGCGGAUUGGUCACCCAUAUAUUGGCUAUUCAUAUUUCUUUAGCGAUUAAGAUUGCACGAUAAGCAUAAAUACUUCAAUAGACAAGGUUUAUCUUACGAACUGUACUGAUAAUUUAUUCAAUGGGAAGUUUAUUACAAUAUUUUCCUUCAAGUAAAUAUAUGCAGAGACAAAAAAGACUAUAUAAUCAUCCAAUUCCAGUGAUUUAAAGGUAUUUCCAAGAUAUACCAAGGAUUAAUUUAAAAUUAAUGAAGAAAAAUUGUGGGACUAACUAAAUCAAGUUUGAAAAUUUCUGAAACUUUAAAUAUCAUGGUGACAGUAACCUCUUUAUUUUAGCAUCAUAACAAGAUGAUACUAAUGUUUACUUGAUGAUUGUGAGUAGAGAUAAAGUCAAUAAAAAAUGCCACAUCCGUGUGUUGUGUGUGGACGUUCGCGUAUGAAUCCAAAUAAUAAGGAGGAAGAAUAUAUGUUUUUUGGUUUUCCUGUUAAUGAUGAGGAACGAUGCAGGAAAUGGUUGGAAUUUUGUUGUCGUGAAGAUUUAUAUAAACUUACAAAGAAGCAACUUCUGCAAAGAAUGGUAUGCUCUAAACACUUUGAACAGAAAGAUUUUCUAAACGAAUAUUAUGAUAAAUUAAAUAGUACAGCAGUACCAUCAAUCUACGAUCCAAAACAAAGUUUAUAUAACAUUACAUGUGUAUUAUGUGGUCGAUAUCGUCGGGAUCCACCCGAUUUAAAUUAUGACGGAGCUACUUUCCAUCAUUUCCCAGGAGAAGAAUUUCGAUGCUUGAAAUGGCUUGAUUUUGUUGGUGUAGAUUCUUAUUAUAGAUUAACGAGAAAAGAAAUAUUAUUUUGUUAUAUAUGUUCGAAACAUUUUGAUCGUUCACAGUUUAUGCAAAGUUAUAAAAGUAGAUUAGUGGACAAUGCUGUUCCCAAUAUUCGUAAUCCUGAUGAUGCAGAUUCAUCGGAAGAAUAUAUUUUGGGAUUAGAUACAGAAACAAAAAUGUAUAAUACGAUAGAGAAAGCAAAGAAAUUAGACCCACUUCCAUCUGCUGUUUUAGAAAGUCAAGCUUGUGCCGCAUGUGGUAGAUCUAGAUCUGAUCCAAGAAAUAAAACUGAAAGGUAUAAAUUUCAUCCAUUUCCUGCUUAUGAAAUAGGAAGAUGUUUAAGAUGGUGCCAAUUUCUGGGUAGAGAGGAUUUAUUAAAAAUGUCUCCCAAUCAAAUAAGGAAAUUAGUAUUAUGUUCGAAGCAUUUUCAAACAGGUCAAAGUUUUCAUAAGAUAGGUCCUUGUGAUGCAGUUCCAACAAUAAAGGAUGUUUCUUUAACAAAUUCUAUAAAUUCUAAUGAAAAUGCGCAUGACGAAGAGAUGAUUGAAGAAACAAAUGAGAACUCUACUACAUAUAUUACAACUACUAAAGGAAUAAGAAAAUCAGGGUCUUCGACGCCUCUAGUAUCUAGUAAAAAACCAAAGGUAGAUAAUAAGCCUACACCAUUAGCAAAAAAGCGUGGCAAGUGUAGAAGGCCAACUGUAAUUAACAUUCCAAAGCCUGAUCCUAAUAAUAUUGAAAAUCUGAUGGUAAAAAAAUUACCUUUGCCUCCUACUUCAAAUUGGAAAUUUCAAUAUACAGAUCAAUAUCAGCCAAUAACAAUAGCAAAUAAUAUUGCAUCUAAUAUCACUAAUACUAUUCCUGGUAGUAUAAAGAAAGUUAUUUUACCUUUUACCGGUGAUCUAUCUAGUUUGGGUAAUCCGAUACCAGUGCAUAGUUUAUCAAGCAUUCCUCCUGGUUUAUUAAUCAAAAUAAAUCUUCCUGAGCAAGAGAAACAAAAACCUGUAAAAACUGGUAGAAGGCAGAGUAAGAAAAAUUUACAAACGAAAUUGAAGAAUGAUCAAGUAAUCGCUAGUAUACCAAUAAUUAAAGAAGAAGAACAAACUUCAGAUAAAAAUCUUAUUGAAUUACUAUCAGAUUCUCCAGAACCUAUAGCAAGUACAUAUAAGACAAUAGAAUUAGAAGAACACGAAGAAGAUCAAGAACAAGACCAACAACAAGAUCAAGAUGAUCAGGAUCAGAAGCAUGGAGAAAUUAUGCUACCGCAUGAUUUUGAAGUUUUAGAAGAUGAUGAAGAUGCCAUAAAUAUUAAGGAAAAUGAAUAUUUUGAAGAUUUUGAGGAGGUGGAAGCUUUACCUGUGAAACCACAGAAGAGAAAUCGUAAUCGAAGAAAAAAAUUAACAAUGCGAAGAACUAUUUUUCCUAUACGAAGUGAAGUUAAAUAUUUUCUUCGUAAAGUUGCUCCACACAUGCAUAAACUUCCUACGAAAGCAAGAGCACAGAUAAAACUUUCUAUUGUUAAUAUGGUGAUUGAUCACUUGUAAACCUUAUAAUUCAUAAUACUAUUUUUCAAAAAAGAAUUGUACAUGAUAUAUAUGAAGUUUAAGAUCUUUUUUGUAUAAGAAAAAAAAUUAUUAUACUUAUAAAGAAUAGGCAGAUAUUUACAAUUAUUGAAACAUUGACAACUAUGUCAAUAUAAUUUAUGAAAUCUUAUUUUUAUGUAUUUGUAAAGACUUAGUAACAAAUGUUACAAUAAGUACUAAUGGUUAAAAUAUUUAGAAGAUUUAGGUAGAGUACAAAAUUUUUAUCAUUAAGCACUAUGUUACUUUUCUAUAAAAGGACAAAGCAAUUAAUUUGUUUUUAAAUUUCCUGCCAUUGAAAUCAUAUGUUAUGGCCCUCAUAAAAUUUAUAGUUACAGAAUGUAAAGCGCAGAAACUACAUUUAAUUUAAAAUUGCAAUUGUAUCAUACAUGUUUGUAUACAUAUAUACAUAUAUACAUAUAUAUAUAUAUAUAUAUAUAUAUAUAUAUAUAUAUGUGUAAGUUUUUUAAUUAACAGUGAUUGAAAUCUAUUGUGUUACUUUUUAACAUAUGUACAUUUAUAAGAUUUAUUGUAACAUAAUCUAAAACAAAAUAUAAGAUGGAAAUCAUUUAUGUAAAAAUAAUUCUCAGUUAUAAAUUGCAAUAUUAUUAAAAUUUAGUUUUCUUAUGGGACAAAAUUUGUAAUAAUCAACAUGUUAAGUAAACGUGUUCAUUAUGUUAUACGAGACAAUUAUUUUUAUCUUAACAAAAUCAUAUAUCGUUUUUAUUUUAUAACCUAUAUAAAAUUUUGAAAGUGAAUGUUCAAGUUAAUAAAGAAAAAUAAAAUAAAAUAUCAUAGAGGAUAUUAUAAACAAAACUCAUUAUUAGUCUUUAUUGAUUAUGCAUUUUUUUAUAAUUAAUAAGGAUGAUAACCGAUAGUAAGAAUAUAAUUUUCUGCCCAAUCGCUAUAACAUCCUUUUAUUUUACCAAAAUGUGUUUCUGGCUCAUUAGUCAUUUUUACUGGUAUUAAGCAAGAAUCUCUUCCCCAUUUGAAGUCUUUUUGCUUAAUUACUCUACCUUUAUGGGGAAGCAUGUCAGUUAAAGUUGAUAAUUCUGUAGAUUGAGUAUUUAAUCCUGCUGUAUAUAGAUAACUUAAGUUGGGACGUAAUUGCCUAAAGAAAAAAAAAGAUAAUUUAUAAUUUACAUUUUGAAGUCCUUUUAAAUGAGAGAAAAAAUAUUGCUAAUUCUAACUUUGGUGAUAUAAGAUCUAAUGAUAUAGGUAUCCAUUUUUUUUCUAUAUUAGAUGCAUUAAUUUCAUCAAAUUUACAUUGAGUACAAUAAAACAUUGGUUUGUCAAAUUCUUGGUUACGUUGUAUAUUAUCUUUAAUCCAAAAAACUGGAGUCGAAACAGUAGGAUCUAAUAUAUUGUAGAAUAUUUAAUGUAAAACAUAAAUUCAUUUAUUUUUUUUUAAUAUUAAAAGAAAGUAGCUUACCUAUCUUGAAUUUAGGUAUCAUAGGAUUUGUUGUUCCAAUAUUAUACGGUUUAAAAUUUUUAACAAUUUCUUCAUACUUAGUGCAGUUGCAUACUAUACCAAGAGGUUGUUUUAAUGAAGCUUCAUGUAGAGUCAUUUUGUGUGUGUGUGGAAGAUGAGAUAUAAAAUUGCGACAAAAAAAGAAAAAAAAAAUGUAAAAUCAAGUUAUACGAGAGAAAAAUUAUUAUUUUAUCGCUUCUGUAAUUAGAAAUGUAUAUAUAAGCAUAUUAUACAAUAAUUUUAUGAAAUAGUUAAGAAAGGUUUAAUUGAUUAUAGUCUUAAUUAGUUUUUACUUUACAAUGUUAAUAUAAAUACAAUAUUUACAUAUAACCAGAAAGUGUUAUAAUUUCAAAUGAAAUUUCAUUCUGUGAUAGUCAUCUGGUUACAUCAUGUUAUAGUAAAUGCUAUAUUAAAUACUAUAUUCGUGAUUAAUUUCAUUAGUGAAUCAUUCUAUAUUACUUGCUUGUAUAAUUAUCACUACACUAUUAUGACUAUUGUUUACAUAAAUACUAAUUUCAACAUAUUGUUCCAGCUUAUUUUAUGAAGUCUGUUAUUAAUUAUAAAGAAUAUACUAGCGCAAUAUUUUUCUAUUAUACAUUAUGAAAAUAAAUUAGUAUAAGUGAUUUCAAAGCUAGC